AUGUUAUCUGCAUCCGUGUUUCUUUGCCAGAUUAUUGUUGCCAUUAAAUCUCUUACUGAGAUAAUUUCAAGAUGGAAGGGCAUAUCUUGGACAAGUCGUGGGGGCAUGGUAGCUAAUCGUAUUGAGGCCAUGUUGGGAUUCUCAAAGUCUUUAUUCAGUCCUCACUUACUUCCUGAGGUUUCACCUUCUGAACCGAUUGAGAAUUAUAUGAUACGAUUUGAAGCAACACGCCCAAUACAAGGUACCAUAAAGCUGAGGAAGGUGGUUAAGCGUUUCUUUGACGAAGCAGUUGUUCCUAUUGCGGAUGAGUGGGGUAGUUGUAUAGGGCUAUUACACCGUGAAGACUGCAACCAGUUGGAUGCUGCAGUUUCAACAAUGAUGAGAAGCCCUCCUCCCAGCGUUACGAGUUCAACAUCUUUUCGUCAUGUAGUUGAUUUAAUUUUAGAGAAGCGAUACCCAAUGGUUAUCAUUGUAAAUUACACAAACUCGUAUGCCACUCCACCGUAUAGCUCUAGAGCAGUUGGAGUUUUUACACCAGAACAGUUAAGUAGGUUUAUCACACCGCUAUCUCCAGUAAAAUUGACAGACCUGUACCAAAGGUAA